CCUUCUUCUCUUCCAGAUUGGUCAGCGGUCCUCAGGACCACAUCCCUCUCGGCCGGUCCCUGCCGCUUUUUCCCUUAGCUGCGUGGCCUUGGGCGAGCCCGGUCCUCUGCGGAGAGGGCCCCGCCCUCUGUGAAGGCCCGCCCGGGAAUUGGCGGCGGCGCUGCAGCCAUUUCCGGUUUCGGGGAGGUGGGUGGGGUGCGGAGCGGGACUUGGAGCAGCCGCCGCCGCUGCCACCGCCCACAGAGCCUGCCUUGCGCCUGGUGCUGCCAGGAAGAUGCGGCCGGAGCCCGGAGGCUGCUGCUGCCGCCGCACGGUGCGGGCGAAUGGCUGCGUGGCGAACGGGGAAGUACGGAACGGGUACGUGAGGAGCAGCGCUGCAGCCGCAGCCGCAGCCGCCGCCGGCCAGAUCCAUCAUGUUACACAAAAUGGAGGACUAUAUAAAAGACCGUUUAAUGAAGCUUUUGAAGAAACACCAAUGCUGGUUGCUGUGCUCACGUAUGUGGGGUAUGGCGUACUCACCCUCUUUGGAUAUCUUCGAGAUUUCUUGAGGUAUUGGAGAAUUGAAAAGUGUCACCAUGCAACAGAAAGAGAAGAACAAAAGGACUUUGUGUCAUUGUAUCAAGAUUUUGAAAACUUUUAUACAAGGAAUCUGUACAUGAGGAUAAGAGACAACUGGAAUCGGCCAAUCUGUAGUGUGCCUGGAGCCAGGGUGGACAUCAUGGAGAGACAGUCUCAUGAUUAUAACUGGUCCUUCAAGUAUACAGGGAAUAUAAUAAAAGGUGUUAUAAACAUGGGUUCCUACAACUAUCUUGGAUUUGCACGGAAUACUGGAUCAUGUCAAGAAGCAGCCGCCAAAGUCCUAGAGGAGUAUGGAGCUGGAGUGUGCAGUACUCGGCAGGAAAUUGGAAACCUGGACAAGCAUGAAGAACUAGAGGAGCUUGUAGCAAGGUUCUUAGGAGUAGAAGCUGCUAUGGCGUAUGGCAUGGGAUUUGCAACGAAUUCAAUGAACAUUCCUGCUCUUGUUGGCAAAGGUUGCCUGAUUCUGAGUGAUGAACUGAACCAUGCAUCACUGGUUCUGGGAGCCAGACUGUCAGGAGCAACCAUUAGAAUCUUCAAACACAACAAUAUGCAAAGCCUAGAGAAGCUAUUGAAAGAUGCCAUUGUUUAUGGUCAGCCUCGGACACGAAGGCCCUGGAAGAAAAUUCUCAUCCUUGUGGAAGGAAUAUAUAGCAUGGAGGGAUCUAUUGUUCGUCUUCCUGAAGUGAUUGCCCUCAAGAAGAAAUACAAGGCAUACUUGUAUCUGGAUGAGGCUCACAGCAUUGGCGCCCUGGGCCCCACAGGCCGGGGUGUGGUGGAGUACUUUGGCCUGGAUCCCGAGGAUGUGGAUGUUAUGAUGGGAACGUUCACAAAGAGUUUUGGUGCUUCUGGAGGAUAUAUUGGAGGCAAGAAGGAGCUGAUAGACUACCUGCGAACACAUUCUCAUAGUGCAGUGUAUGCCACGUCAUUGUCUCCUCCUGUAGUGGAGCAGAUCAUCACCUCCAUGAAGUGCAUCAUGGGGCAGGAUGGCACCAGCCUUGGUAAAGAGUGCGUACAACAGUUAGCUGAAAACACCAGGUAUUUCAGGAGACGCCUGAAAGAGAUGGGCUUCAUUAUCUAUGGAAAUGAAGACUCUCCAGUAGUGCCUUUGAUGCUCUACAUGCCUGCCAAAAUUGGCGCCUUUGGACGGGAGAUGCUGAAGCGGAACAUCGGUGUCGUUGUGGUUGGAUUUCCUGCCACCCCAAUUAUUGAGUCCAGAGCCAGGUUUUGCCUGUCAGCAGCUCAUACCAAAGAAAUACUUGAUACUGCUUUAAAGGAGAUAGAUGAAGUUGGGGACCUAUUGCAGCUGAAGUAUUCCCGUCAUCGGUUGGUACCUCUACUGGACAGGCCCUUUGACGAGACGACGUAUGAAGAAACAGAAGACUGAGCCUUUUUGGUGCUCCCUCAGAGGAACUCUCCCUCACCCAGGACAGCCUGUGGCUUUGUGAGCCAGUUCCAGGAACCACACUUCUGUGGCCAUCUCACGUGAAAGACAUUGCCUCAACUACUGAAGGUGGCCACCUCCACUCUAAAUGACAUUUUGUAAAUAGUAAAAAACUGCUUCUAAUCCUUCCUUUGCUAAAUCUCACCUUUAAAAACGAAGGUGACUCACUUUGCUUUUUCAGUCCAUUAAAAAAAACAUUUUAUUUUGUAACCAUUCUACUUGUGAAAUCACACUGACCCUAGCCUGUCUCUGGCUAACCACACAGGCCAUUCCCCUCUCCCAGCACCUUGCAGACUUGGGCCCAUCAAGAGCUACUGCUGGCCUUGGCUCUGCAGCCUGGAUACUUACCUGGCCCUCCUCCCUAGGCAGCAAGUGCCUUCCACUUACUUCCCAUCCAGGUCUCAGAGGUGGCCAACCUUGGAAUCCUUAUUUAACCAUUCAAGUAAUCAACGGAAGUUUUCACCCUUUAAUCUUAAGUUUAGCCUUUUAAGAAAAACAGUAAGCGAUGACUGCUGAAAGGCUUAUUGUGUAAUCUCCCAGGGGUUUGGUCUUAUUCCAUUUUCUUCUGGUCACCAGAUGAUUUCUUCCUUUACCAUCAAAUAUUUCUUCAUAAUGGUCACAGUCUGAGGAUGUGUGCAAAUUCUGGUUUUUCCCAAGCUCUAACCAUAACACGUCCCACCCCCUUUUUAAAGCACCCAUAUCCCACCCUGGUGAGAAGGCCACUCUCACAUCUGAGUGUUGGGUACAAAGCUGCUCCAUAGAGUGAUGUGCACUCCUGGUGGGUGAGGGGCAGGGGCAGUGGCAGUGUGGAAAGAAUUGAUUACUCCUUGCAGAGUCUGUGGCUUGCAUUUCCUACUGCUUUCUACGUUUGAAAAUUAUGACAGUCUCUGGCUAGGUCUGGGUCCAGAUUAGGAUUUAAACUGAUAAAGGAAAAUGUUGGUAAAUCCUCUGCUCAGAAAUCAUUUAUCAUGUUCCUAUUUAAGGAUUAGGUUUAUUAAUUUAGGCCUCUUAGAAGCUAACCCACUUAAAUAUUACUCUUCUGAAUGCUAGUUCUCUUUUAUUCUUGAUGUAGUCAAUUGAAUCUGGCAUCUGGGGCUAGGGUCUGCCUGUCUAUAUUUUUUUUAUUUUUUUCUGAGAAAUUCUGAACACAUAGAUCUAUUUCCUAAACUGACAUUUUCUAUUUUGACUGUUUUCAUACUAUAACCAGGUAAAGGGACUUCUUUCAGAGAGCUUUAUACUGCCUGACCAAAGAACAAAUCUGAAAAUCACCAUUUUAAAGUUAUUUUUUCAGUUGAACCAAAGUUUAAGUGAAGAGGACUUUUGGCAUAUUAUACCCAGGAUCAGUUUGUCUUUUUGUAUCCAUCAAGUAUUACAGGAGAAGGAUUGGGAACAGAAUGGAAAAACAGUGUAUGAAAGUCAUGUUACAUGCCGAGUGCGGUGGCUCACACCUGUAAUUCUAGCACUUUGGGAGGCUGAGGCAGGUGGCUCUCUUGAGGUCAGGAAUUCGAGACCAGCCUGGCCAACAUGGUGAAACCCCGUCUCUACUAAAAAGACAAAAAAUUAGCUGGGCGUGGUGGCGGGCACCUAUAAUCCCAGCUACUCGGUAGGCUGAGGCAGGAGAAUCGCUUGAACCCAGGAGGCGGAGGUUGCAGUGAGACGAGAUUGUGCCACUGCACUCUAGCCUGGGUGACAGAGCAAAACUGUGUCUCAAAAAAAAAGUCAUGUUACACAUUUAAGUUUUUGAAAUUGCUUCUUUUAUCGGUAAAGAUUCUCAAUCCAAAUUCUCCUGGGUGUGUUGUCAUCAGCUGUGAUAUGUUUGUGCACAUUACGUAUAGCAGAGGAUGUAAGCAAUAUUAUUGUUUCUGAAGUUUUGUUUUUAAUGUCUUGAGUAUGAGUUAUGUUUAGUCACUGUCAGCAUCUGAGAACUUUAAUAAGCCCUUGAGAUAUUCCAGAGUUUUAUUUUACUUCUUUAAAGAACAGAAAAAGAUGAAUGAAAGAACCAAGGAGAGAUGCAGAGACUAUAUUUAGCAUGUAUAGGUUAAAGUGAGAAGGAGGUUGUGGUAACUAAAUAGGAGUCCUAUAAAAUCAAAUACAUUGUCAACCUUUCCUGCACAUCUAGUUUCCUACCAUAGAAUCCCACUGGAAUACCACAUAGCUUUUGCACUGCAGUUACUAUUUAAUAAUGUAAAUGUAGGGUUUGUAAAAGUCACAAACUUAUAAGCAAUGAACUUACCUGCUAGUCUUUUUAUUUUGGCUUGCAUGAAGUCACUGCAAAUUCAAAUGUCACUACCGGCAUUUAAAAUAUAUCUAUAUCACUUUGUUGGUACAAAGUUAUUUCAAGAUAAGUAAUUUUGUUACAAGUUUAUUUUGAAGAGACAAAUCUCCUGUGAUCUAUCCAGGACCUCUGUACUUUCUAAAGAACAAAAUGUUAUGUAGACAUUAUACAUGGUUGGUUGUCUCUUCUUGAAACUGUAAUGUAAAUCUAGGGUCCAGUCAUAUCUUAGGUAUCAUCAUUUAUCCACGUACUUGGAGGAAUACAAGUAUAUAUAAAUACAGUCAUUGAGAAUAAGUCAAUUUGAGGCAUACAAGAAUAGUUUCAUACACAGUUUAACACGGCCUGAUUCAAGACUCUGAUUGAUAGGAUUCAAACAGAUACCCGUUAACCAUGACUACCAAAACUGAUCAUCUGAGUCGACUGAUAGAGGUGUGACUAGUCCUUAGCACUUUUUCUCAUUCCUCUUUUUAUUCAGCAUUGCUAUUACCUAUUUCAGGUUUAUAAGACCUCUUUCAGCAGAUCACAUCAGAAGCCAGGAAAUGUAUAGCUAGGAGAUGUCAAAAGCCCAUAUGAGGAGUGGACCAAGCAGCAGUGGCGGUUUCUCCUCGCAUCUUUUUUUUUAAAGCUUUAACUUAGCAGGGGCGUGGACUUUAUAGCACUUUUUCAACUUUUUGCUUUGCUUUGGAUAAGAAAUCCUUACCUUUAAAAAAAGCUUCUAGUCUCCAUAACCCCCAAAGUACUGCUUAUUUGUUUGAAGAAUCCAGCCAUCGUAGUGCUUUAGUCACUAUCGUAAACAUUCAUGAUAGGGCAAGGAUUUUAAAACAGGAUUCUUGCUUCUGUAGUCAUCAAGGUGAACAGAAGCAUCCUACACAACCACUAAGGGCUCUAUGUUUGUGUCAUACCUCUUCAAACACCAAGGAGUUGAACAUGCUUCCAGUGAUUUGUCUCCGUAAUGCCUUCUUCCUUUAUUUGGCCUUUCUUUCUUUCUGUACCUUCAAGUUCUUGAUUUUUAAAAUUCCAACUCGAGAGAAAACCAAUAUAUGGUGGUGCUGGGCUUUGAAGAUAGCAUAUCAGACGCCUUGGUUCUGUUUGUACACUUAGCCUUACAUUUCAGGAGGAGGCUUUUCAUUAGGGGCUUAAGCUAGCUCCUUUGGCUUUUUAAAAAAAAUUUUUUUCAAAUUUCUUCAUUACCUAAGGGAGCCUGCAUCUAAAUUUGUCAACUAAUUCAGCCUAGCUGAAUUUUCUAGUGUGUAAUACACUUUGCUUCCUUCUUAUUGGUGAAAACCAGGGGGAUGAGUGGCUUCCAUGGAGAGAUUUCCUGAUUUCUCAGGGAGGAAAAAAGUGAUGACAUUUACCACUACUUUUAUGUUUUUCCCCUUUUUCCAAAUUGAUAAGGAUUUCUGGUUCCUAAUGAUCCGGGAUUGGGCAACAGUGCAGAACUGCCAGUCAUGCUGUAGGCCAUGAAGAAAGAAUGUGAGUAAUUGUUGUUUUGCGAGGAUUUGUAGGGUUAUGGGCAGUUGUUUGAAGCAUUGCUAUGACCUAAUUCCCAAGGUAUCUUUCCUCUCUUGGUGUUGUAGGUAAGCCAAUGAGUUUUAAUCUCUACUUGCUAUAACCGUGUGCUUAGAAAAAGAGGUGAGAGUAGUGGUUUUCCUUCAAACUGUCCACAUUCAUGAAGAUUAUGAAUUGUUAGGACAGCCAGGGCAAGAUAGACCCUGUCUCUACAAAAAUUUUUUUCUAAAUUAACCGGGCAUGGUGGUGCCUGCCUGUAGUCCCACCUGUAUGGGAGAAUCACUUGAGCCUGGGAGGUCAAGGCUGCAGUGAGCCAUGAUUGCACCCCUGCACUCCAGCCUGGGUGACAGAGUGAGACCUUGACUCAAUAAGAGGGGGAAAAAAAUUGUUAGGAGCUGGGUGCAGAUGCAGCCUGCAAUCCCAGCUACUUGAGAGGCUGAGGCCAGAGGAUUGCUUAAACCCAAGAAUUUGCGCCUAGCCUGGGCAACACAGCAAGACCCCAUCUAAAAAAAUGUUUUUUAAAUCAGCUUAGCCCAAAGGGGUUGUGAAUGGGGAGGUAUAAAAAGCAAAGAUUAUUUUUUGGCUACUAAGCCAAGAACUUACAGGGAUUUUUUUUUUUCAGUCCCAGAAACUACAGAUACCCUGCUACUUGCUUCACGUGGAUGCUCAGUGCCCAGCAGCCAUCUUAAUACAUUAAACCAGUUUAAAAAAUACCUUCCACGUGGAGAAAAGCAUGUCUUUUUCUCGCCUCAACUUUAUCCACAUGAAAUGUGUGCCCAUGGCUGGGCGCAGUGGCUCAUGCCUGUAAUCCCAACACUUUGGGAGGCUGAGGCAGGCAGAUUGCUUGAGGCCAGGAGUUCGAGAACAGUCUGGCCAACAUGGCGAAACCUCAUCUCUACUAAAAUUACAAAAAUUAGCCAGGCAUGGUGGCACAUGCCUGUAAUCCCAGCUACGUCAGGAGGCUGAGGCACAGGAAUUGCUUGAACCCAAGAGGCAGAGGAUGCAAUGAGCCAAGAUCGCACCACUGCACUCCAGCCUUGGCGACAGACGGAGACUCUGUCUCAAAAAAAAAAAAAAAAAAAAGGUGUGCCCAGGCCCCUAGCCAUUGCCAUGUGCCCAGCCAGAGAGCCAAAUUAGAGGGCUGGCUUCCCUAUCACACAGAAGAAAUGCUAGUGCUAGCCAAUGAUCCCUUUGCUUUUAAUGUAUAGAAAAUACUGUUGUUUUUCUAUAGAAAAUACUGUCAUUUCCAGUGACAUCUGUUUUCUAAGCAGCUCUUUUCUAGGGAGGAAACCAAAGGGGCUAGGUUAAGCCCCUAAUAGAAAUGUUUUUUCUAAUCUCUGGUGAGUCUGGAAGUGUCACAUUCACAGUCCACCCUUGGGAGUGGCUUGGUGGAGCUGGGGACAAGUUUUUGUUUACUACAUAGUGCACAUGAUAAAUGGCCUUAAACUGUGAUUCUUUCUGGUAGGAUAAGUUAUAAUACACUGACCCUAAAGAAUGCAAUGGCUUUUAAACUGCAGUUACUGUGUUCUUAAUGAAGCAAUACCCAAAGCUCUGUUCUUUUGGAGCACUUGAGGGGAGGUUGAAUGAAAGGUGCAAAUAAGAGCAGUACCUUGAUCUUAUGCUUUCUGAGUGUCCUGCCUUGUUGCCAUCUGCAUGGAUGAGUGAAUGCUUUUAUGCACGAGGAGACUCAAGCCAACUCAGAGUCUGCUUUUUCCAAUGCUAUUCCCAGGUUUCUUUUGCAAAGCUUGGUCUUUUGGCCCAGGUCUUCCUGGAAAGUGGAGUACAUGUCACUGACUAGGGUGGCAUGGUGUCUUUACCCUUAACAUUAAGUCUUGUUACCUCAGUGAUGUGAAGCCAAUGGUUGGAAUUAUAAAAAGCAUCCUUGCUGGUUCUUCACAGGACACUGGAACCCACCCUGUCGAUUCAGCUAGCAUGUCCACACAGUCUUGAUGAUCCCUCUCUGUAAUAGGCAGCUAACAUUAAGAGAAGGGGGAAAGAGAAGAAGAGAGCAAUAGCUUAUGGGAGAGCUGAGAUCUUAUUUCGUUGACCCAUAUUUUUCCCCUGACCAAGUUACCUGUAAACUGGAAUUUGCAAGGGGAUGCUGUGAUGAUAACCCCUUUCUAUUGCUGUAAUGUUCAUAUAACCUGGGAAACUGAGAGAAGGGGAUGUGUAAAUAAAAGCUUAAACAUUUUAGUAAUGUGUUAAAAUGUCACUCUCUCUUACCCUGUUUCCCUUUUUUGCCAGAUGAUGAUUUUUUAAUUUUUAUUUUGUACUUUACUGGAUGACUGUGAAGCGAUGAGUAUUGGGUUGGGGUAGGUGUGUUGAUUUUGAGAGUGCAUGUUAAGAACUGAAGGGGAACUACUUGAGAUGACUUAAGAAGCAUCCCAUGCAAAUAUCUUGUUUUGCCCUAAUAAAAUAUUCAGAAAGAUA